CCCAUCGUGUACAACUAGCCAGCCAACCUACCCUCCCCUGUUUCGCCUUCUCUUCUCUUCUCUUCUCUCCUCGCCGCCGCGCGCGCGCCUGCUCCUGCUCGCAUCGCAUGCCAUCAUCCCCUGCUCUCUGCGCCGCCCGACUGCGACCGCUCCUGCUCCUGCCGUCCGCCGCGGCGACGACCCCGUCGGCCCUCGCAGCAGCCGCUCCCGCGCACACGAAGCAGGGAUCGUUCUCGACGACGGUGAGGACGACAGGCAUGGCGGCGGCCGAGGGAGCGAAGGCGUCGACGCAGCCGCCGGCGGCCGGGGGCGGGGGCGCGUCGGAGCGCAUCAUGCCGCAUCUCCUCAACAUAUACGGAUCAUGCGCCACGGCACGGGACUUUGAAAUGUAUGCGCCCAAUGCCACAUUUGAGGACCCGCUCAUGUGCGCCCACGGCGUCAAGCAGAUCAAAUCAGCCUUCUACACGAUGCCUAAGGUGUUCGGCGAGUCCAAGAUCGUAGAGUACACGAUAAAGGAAAACGCGACUGGGCCUGGGAAAUCCCAGAUACUGAUCGACAACAAGCAACACUACAAGGUCUUUGGCAAGCCGGUCGACCUGGAGUCCCUCAUCACGCUCGACAUCGAGGAAGGCAAGGUCGUCAGGCACCAGGAUUGGUGGGACAAGAAGCCUCUGAAGAACAGAGAGACGGUGAGCUUCCCGCUGGUGGGACGGCUGCUGGAGGCGAGCCGCCGGGGAGCCAUGCUAGUCACCCAUGUCCUGAUGGGCUGUGGCAAGGAUCCUACCCCUUGAUUGAGGAGUUAUGGCUUUGUUUUCAUCCUAUAGUACUUGUACUCCUAUCUACGAGUAGUUGGUAGCUGGCUUGGAGAUUCGUUCCACAUACAAAAAAUAUAAAUAAAUAAAUUAGAUAUACCACACAUUCCAAAAUUACCGUAACACCGUUGGUCGUUAUGGGAUAAUGUUGUCAUGUGCUAUAUGAAUGUCCAUUAUCACUAACGGCGGGAAGUAAUCAACAUCACAUGUGCCUGAUUUGUUAGAAAUGAAAAUUAGCAUUGUUUGAAUUC